CAUAAACCCUAAAGUUGGGGUUUUCUUCUUUCUUCUUCUCUUUUGUCGCCAUGAACGCGCCGGAUCGCUAUGAGCGCUUCGUCGUUCCCGAGGGCACCAAGAAGGUUGCGUAUGAGAGGGAUAUGAAGGUAAUGAAUGCCGGCGCUUUCACCAUUCAGCGAGAAGAUCACACUGUUGGAAACGUUGUCCGCAUGCAGCUACACCGCGAUCCCAAUGUAUUGUUUGCUGGAUACAAGCUACCACAUCCAUUGCAAUACAAGAUCAUUGUCAAGGUGCAAACCACCAGCCAGUCGUCACCGAUUCAAGCGUACAACCUGGCCCUCAGCGAUCUGGACAAGGAGCUGGAGCAUCUCAAGAGAGCAUUCGAGAGCGAAGUAGCACAAAGGCAGACGGACUACUACUGAGCUUCGAUCGAUCUUCCAAAACGCUACGAAAACUCAAGGAAAAAAAAAAAGAAUGGAAACUUUUUCUUCGUAAGAGCAAAAUGUACAGGUAAAAGAUGAAAGAUCUCUCUCUUUUUUUCUUCCUAAGAAACAGGAGAAGAGCAAAA